AUGGGAUUUAAUUCUAACUUUAUAGGAUCGAUUAAAAACACAUUUGCAGCACCUACAGUAGAAAAUCACUACAAUGAAAAACUGUUUUACAAAAACAAUGUUACCCUCGAAUCGUUACAGAACUAUGUAGGAGAUGAUGUUAUUAGGUUGGAACUGUAUCUUAUCAAUUAUAUCGAAAAUUUUAAUACAACAAUCAGCCCCAAUGUAUUUGUACAAUCAGUUCACGAGUGCUUUCAUAACAUAAGUGUUAAUUCUUCCGAAUUUAAAACAUUUGAAAAUAAUGAUUUAACGUUAUCGCAGGAGUAUAUAAGAUACAAUUCUGAGUAUAUAAAUAACAAAAUUAAAUAUCUAAAACAAUUUAAUAACCCAGUAUCAAGCCAAAACAAAAUAAAUUCGUGGAAUAAUAGACUUUCCAAUACAUACGCAAUUCUAAAACAUUCACUGAAUGUAGAUUUUAAAUCUCACUGCAGUGAUUGUAAAGACCUCUCCGAUUUACUGGAUACCAGUUAUAUAUGCAAACUCUUGGUUCUAUUCAGAAUACUCAACAAAACGAAUGUUUUGGAGAGCGUUUUUACCUUCGUAUUUAACCAAAUCUCUUCAUUUUAUUGGAACUAUGAACUGCUACUGGUAACAUUCUCAAAUGUUAUCCUGAAAAAUCUGGUUAACGCAGUUUCUCUAGACCAAUCAAACAGAACCAAGAAUUUAUCUGAAACACUCCACUCAUUGCUAGUAAAUAGGAAUAAUUAUUUAGAUUUAAAAUACCCACACGCAGAAACACUGUUUAGAAUUUUGGGAAAUUUCGCAAUAAAUAUUUCAUUCUAUUACUCUAAUUUGAAUAUAUUUACACAAAGUCAGGAUAACACAUUUGUUAACCUGUUCAUGUCACUAAUUGUGAAAAGUAUAAUUAAUGCAUCGAACCUGGCAAACGUAAACAACGUUCUUCCAUAUGAAGUGUUUGGACAGAAGAAUAACGCACAAAAUGAAUUUAACUAUUUUAAAAUAUUUGUAGAAUCCUUUAUUAAAACAAUCUCAGACCAGUUUAACAAGGGCCACUUUGUUUCUAACCUAGCGACGAUUAACAUUUUCCUGGACCAAGAAACGUAUAAUUUCAUAGUGAAAUUAAAAUUUAAAAGUCAUUUAAACGAUAUAGACCAGUUGCACUGCAGAAUAGGAGUAUUGAUUUUGUACAUAGUGGCAAAAUACAAACAAAUUUCUAACGUAAGACUGAAUGAAGUGUCGGACAUUAGGAUCCUGUUCAGCCUACCAUGGUCACCGGCAAUAGAAUAUUGUACAAAUGAUCCCAAGCUGAAAGAUCUACUACCUGACUUUAAAAGAGUUGUCAUAGAGUGUUUCGGAUCUGAAAUAUUCAUUUGCAACUGUGUAUACUCAUCCUACAAAAGGAUUCUAAACGUUUUUGUAGGAAAAACUCUAGACAACUAUAGCAAGUUUGGUUAUGAUGAUUAUUUUCAGAACCUGUUUUACUUCUCAUCACUAGUCGGUUACUCACAUAGUGUGAUGAUAAACAGGAGAAAAGGAUUACAAAUGUUAACGUUUGGAUCUGAAACUAUAUACUACACACUAUCGAACUUUUUGCUGGACAAUUGUCUGGUAAACCAAAAUUCAACAACUAACACUGAGUCGGUUAAUACUGUAAAAUUUUCAAAGUCUGUGGAAAGUAAAUGGAUUUCACACUAUUUGACAACCGCAUACCUCUUCAACAAGACAACAUGCUACCUAGCUCUUCUGGAUUCUCUAAUUAUGCAUUAUAUCAUCGAAAAUACUGAUGAAAAUGAAGAUUUAUUGACUCUCGAAUCACUAUAUGAAUCCACUUUUAAUCAGGAUAAAUCACUGGACUUCCAGAGGAGCAUUUCAUACAACUUUCUCUCGCUUAAUCAAAAUCCGAUUAAUUUGAUACUUAGGACCCCAGUUCAAACUCUAGUACAAUUAUUCAAAUUCAGGUUGUCUGGGAAUCUUUUGAUUCUCCUGGUUUCAAAGCUAAAUAAAUAUAUUUACGAGGGUUUCUCAAGUUUCCUUUCCUCGACAACACUCCACAUCGACUUGUUUCAAUUAUCAGCUCUUCAGGUGGUUUCAAUGAUAAACGUAUUCGUUGAUCUUUCAAAGAACUUUUCCAGCGAAUCUGUUAAGCAGUUUAGGAGUUUUGUUGUAUGUUUGUUAUCAAAGAAUCCAAACAGCUAUGACCUCAUUUUAUCCUCGGGUCUCUCACAAACACCUUGCAUCAGAUUUACAAACGAUUUGUUUAAUACCGAAGCUUCAUUAAAUACCUCGGCUGGAAACUUCAAACACUGCUUAAGAUUACAUAGGGAAUAUCCAAACGAAUGGAGCAAAACCGACAUUUACUCUAAAGAAGGUGUUCAAUCCCUCAAGUCCUUAGAACCUACCGACAAGAUAGAUGUUGCUCUAUUCCAUUUGUUCAACUUUCACUUACUGUGUAUGGACACUGGUGUUUCAAAGGAACUCAAUGAAAACUCUGGGUUAUUUCUACAAAUUGAAAGUGUUGUAGCAGCCUUUUGGCAGCUCAUUCAGACUGUAGCAGUCACUGAGAUAACAAACAUCAUCAGGAGCUCUUUAAACUUGAUAAUAAAACUCCACUAUCUAUAUCCUUCAUUAACAAAAAAGUCCAUUUUGGAAGUAACAAAGAUUAUGAACAGGGAGGACAUUACAUCCUAUUCCAAGAACUCCAUUGAGGAAAUGGGGAAUUUAUUAAAGAUAAUAGAGUAUAAUGGAAUUAUGGGUCAAAACAAGGAUUCUAAAAAGAAAUAG